CUGUAGCUGAUCUACAAACAAUCGGUUCGGUUGAUUUCAGGAAUUGUAUCCGUAUGUACGCUUACAAAUCAGUGAAAAUCGAGUAUCGCGGAAAGCACUUUGACGUCCGGGUGUGGAGUAGUAGGCUGUUGACUGCCUGUCCCGGUGUUGGCUACGUGUAAUUUUUGAGGGAAGAUGGCUGAUAGAAAGAAUAAUAAUGCGUCCAGCUCUAGUGCAAAUUUACUGUUCAGCGCGGCUCCGGAGUUUAACUUCAAUCUGCCCUUCAUACCCGUCAGCCAGGCCACUGGGCCGGCGGUGCUAUCAGGAGAUGAUUCAACUGACGUUGGAGAAGAAGACAGCUUUCUGGGUCAGACCUCUGGGACUGUUCCAGCCCCCUCUACCUUCAACUACUUCUCCAGUCCUGUGACCAGUAGUGACCCAUUUGCAUCCAUAGGUCACCAGCCAUGCCCACCACCAGCACAUUCAGUCGCCCCGGCAGUAAUGGGUCCAACCUCUGUCCCGAGCAGUGUCAGCGUGGCCCCCCCGCCCCCUGGCCCACAAACGAACCCUGCUCCUGCCUUCGGAGGUGCAAUGUACCAGAGCCCAGUGGGACGACACACUCCUCCCCCCAGCACAGUUCCCCCGCCCCCUUCCCAGACACCCCAGUCAAGUCAUAAUCCAUACCGUCACACCCCUCUCAGCAGCAAGGCCAGCCCUUAUAUUCCAGCUCCAGAGCUCCAGCCACCAACCCACUCAGCACUGCAGAACCCCUACUCUCUUGGCUCUCCAACACAAACAUUCCAUACAGCAGGACCCACAUUCACAAAGCCCCCUCCCACACAGAUGCAGGCACCUCUGCCUCCUGCCUCUACUGCUGGAGCAUUAGUCCCCGCCAAUCCCAUGAUGCCAUACAACUACAAUGUUUAUGAGCCUGUUCAGCCACAUUGGUUUUUCUGCAAGCAAGUGGAAUCAAAAAGUGUCUGGCUACCUUUCAGCAUCAUUGACUCCAUUCAGCUAGAGGAGACAUACAACUCAGUUCAGCCAGACCCAGAGAAUGUGAUGGUGCGCACUGAUGGAGGGCGCUAUGAUGUGCAGCUGUACGACCGCAUGCGAACCGCAGUCUACUGGGAGGAGGAGCCUACAGAAGUCCGGCGCUGCACCUGGUUCUACAAAGGAGACACGGAUAGCAGAUUCAUUCCUUACUCAGAGGACUUCAGUGACAAGCUAGAGGCAGAAUAUAAGAAAGCAGUGUCUACCAACCAGUGGCACCGCAGGCUGGAGUUCCCAUCUGGGGAGACCAUUGUAAUGCAUAACCCAAAGGUGAUAGUCCAGUUCCAGCCCUCAGCCAUGCCAGAUGAGUGGGGGACAACUCAGGACGGACAGACCAGACCCAGGGUGGUCAAGAGAGGCAUUGAUGAUGACCAUGACGAAGUUCCUGAUGGAGAGCUGUCUAAGGUGGAUCAUCUAGUUUUCAUGGUACAUGGAAUCGGUCCCGUCUGUGAUCUGAGGUUUCGAAGCAUGGUGGAAUGUGUGGACGACUUCCGUAAUGUAUCGCUGAAGUUGCUAAAGAGCCACUUUAAGAAACAUCAGGAUGAGAAUGCCAUCAGCAGGGUGGAAUUCCUCCCUGUCCAGUGGCACACAGCUCUACAUGGAGAUGCCACAGGGGUCGACAGGAGGAUAAAGAAGAUCACCUUGCCCAGCACUGGUCGUCUGCGUCACUUUACCAAUGAGACCUUGCUAGAUGUGUUGUUCUACAACAGUCCCACUUACUGUCAGACCAUUAUGAACGCAGUUGCCCUGGAGAUUAACAGACUUUAUGCCCUGUUCAUGAAGAGGAACCCAGACUAUAAAGGAGACAUAUCAGUGGCCGGGCACAGUUUAGGUUCUUUGAUUCUUUUUGAUCUGCUGUCAAAUCAGAAGACUAGCUCCCUUGCACAGGGAGUUCCAAUCGUGCAAACUGCCAAUGGAGGCGUCCAGGGAGACAAUAAACAGGUAGACAAUGCAGUCACCCCACCUGUUGUGGACGAAGAGCCAAAAGGGGAAGGGGAGGAGUUUGAAGAUCUUUCUGCUAUGCUGGAGCACCUGGGCCUUAUUGAGUAUAAGAGUACCUUUGAUGAAGAGAAGAUUGACAUUGAGUCCUUUCUCAUGUGCACAAUUGAGGACCUGAAAGAAAUGGAAAUUCCGCUGGGGCCAAGGAAAAAGAUUGCCAAAUUCGUUAAAGAAAGAGUGAAUAAGCAGGCUUCACAGCAGGUAGAUCAAGAUAAGAAAGUGGAGGUCAAGGAGGUGGUACCCACACAAGCAUCUGAACCGCUCCCCAAUCCUACCACCAAGAAGCUUCCUGUCGGCAAAACGGUUUCCUCCAUCCACGUCGACUACAAUUGCUUUGAUGUUGGCACUGGACAGGUGUCGGUGAUCUACCAUGGCCUGGACUUUGAGCCGGUGAAUUUCUUUGCACUGGGUUCUCCAAUUGGCAUGUUCCUUACAGUCCGUGGGGUGGAGAAGAUUGAGGAGACUUAUCAGUUGCCUACCUGCAAGGGGUUCUUCAACAUUUACCACCCGCUGGAUCCUGUUGCGUACAGAAUUGAGCCCAUGAUAAUGCCAGACCUGGAUUUGAAGCCUGUUCUGAUCCCACAUCACAAAGGGAGAAAGAGGCUGCAUCUUGAGUUGAAAGAGAGUCUCUCCAGGAUGGGCUCCGACCUGAAGCACGGUUUCAUCAGCUCCUUAAAGACUGCUUGGCAGACACUCAAUGAGUUUGCACGAGCUCACACCUCCUCCGCCCAGCUCCAGGCCGAGCUUGCCAUUGUGGCCAGUCAGAUCAAGGAGGAGGAGGAGAAGCAUGUACAUGAGCACAAGAUUUCAGAAAGUCCUGAGCCACAAAGAGAGGAGGAGCCGCAGGUGAAGAUAGGGAUGCUGAAUGAGGGGAAGCGCAUCGACUAUGUCCUACAAGAGAAGCCCAUUGAGAGUUUCAACGAGUACCUUUUUGCACUUCAGAGUCAUCUGUGCUACUGGGAAUCUGAAGACACAGCCCUGCUUAUUCUCAAAGAGAUCUACAACACCAUGGGAAUCCAUCCUGAACAGCUGGUUCAUUAAUAUAUUCAGGUAUCUUGGAUAAAAACAGCCCUUCCUGAAAGGAGCCGUUAGGUUUAUGUCAUGUCUGGAUUUUAAUAGAUGCUUUUUUUCCCCUCCCUUUUAUUUUCUAUUCUUGUAGUUUACUGUACUGUCUAAGAAUGAAUACAAUUGUAUUAUUCCGUUUGUCUUAAAUUAAGAAAAAAAAAUCAAGUUUGAGGAUUCAAAGACGCAUGACUAGUUUGAAUUUACAUUUUAUGGGGUAAGUUAAAGAGCUAGUCAUGUUGGCUUAGAGUUUACUGAAAUGUAUACCAAGAGACAUUGCAUAACAGCAGUAAAUGCAACCUGCAAAUUUUAUUUCAUGGCCAAAAUUGUCAUAAAAUAAACAAUUUCUUGACACAAGUCAUUUCUUUCUGAAAUGUGGUGUUACUGCCUUGGAGAUCUGAAAAGGAAGACAUGUCAUCAUUCUUUACAGGGUGCAUAUAGAAGGUUUGCAAGGCCAUCUACAAAAAGCUGUCAUACUUGCAAAAAUGUUGAUUAAAAAGUGAUUACAGCACUGGAUGUUAAAUGUCAGCUUAACCUAUGUUUGAGAAAGAAAAAUAAAGCACGUCUUUGCUUACUGUAUUUAAUAUUUAAGACAGCUGUUCUCAUAUACAUUGCGCCUCUGUAAGGUUUGAAACGGCAUCUUUGCAGCCAAGCCAUUUAGGUUUGACAUGCUUUCUCAUGAAGAGAUGGAAUAAAAUUGAGGUCCACAGCUGUGAACACACCUUUAAUAAUCAUCUCCAGUGGACUUACAAUGACUGAUGUAAUCUUUUUCAACAAUUCAAAUGACUUAAGACCAAUGGGCACGUUACGAAAUGUAUGGGGGGGAAAAAUCUAUUAGAAAACUAUUUACAUGAGUGGCUGUAACAUUCAUCUUGACUCUAGUCUUGGGAAUCAUAGUGCUGUGAGUGUUUCUCACUGGGCAUAAAUAAAGAUUUUUUUAUGAUUGUUACUACUGGUCCAUAGAACUCAAUGCAUUGCAUGCUUUAAGCAGGUUCUUGCUCUGGGUUUGAGCAAUUUAAUGGACAUCCUCUGCUAAAUAGAUGACCACCUGAACUGUCACCUUCCAAGCAAAGACGAACAUUAACCGAUUGUGCCUUUCAAACAUAGACUGCUAACAAAAAGGUCCCUUUUUACCACAUAACCAGUUUUUAACCAAUGUAUAAAUACAUGACAAUAUGGCUCAACAAACAACCAGUAACAAAAAAAACCCCAUCAAUUUUUAAUUGUUUUGAUCUCGACUCAGACAAGACGUUUUUUUGUGAGAAUGGAAGGAUCCUUCUUGAGGGAUCAAGAUAUAGUUGUUGUUUUUUUUUUCAUUUCUGAACCAUUAGAAAAACCCAACUUUAUUUUUUUUGUACAAUUUGCAUUAAGCAAGUAUC